AUGCUGUCCACCAACGUGACCAGGAUUAGACACUUCAUUCUCCUUGGAUUUCCAGGCCUUCCUGCAAUGUAUUACACUCCCGUGUCCAUCUUGCUUCUGGUUGUCUUCCUCGCCAUCGCCGUGGGGAAUAUCUUCAUUUUAGUCAUCAUUAAGAUGGACCGGAUGCUUCAAAAGCCGACUUAUUUGAUCUUCUGCCACUUGGCUCUCUCCGAUUUAGCAUUCGGGACCGUUACCCUGCCGAAGAUCAUAUGGAAGUACUGGUUAGGCGAUGGCGUCAUCGCUUUUUCCACUUGUUUUGUUCAGAUGUACUUUGUUCACUUCCUGGGCGCCACGCACUCCUUCAUCUUGAUGGUGAUGGCGUUGGAUCGCUUCUUGGCCGUUUGUCUCCCGUUACGCUACGCCACCGUCUUCACCAACGCCGCCGUGACCGUGCUGUGCGGGGCGUCCUGGGUGAUGCCCAUUUCCUGGAUGGUGGGCAUCGUAUUGGACGCGCUGACUUUGCCGUACUGCGACUCCAACUUAAUCGUUCAGUGCUACUGCGACCAUAUCGCUAUCACGGCGUUGGCGUGCGAGAACGUGUACAAGGUUCAGAUCGUCGCUUUCGGGCUCGCUAUGUUCAGCCUGCUUUUCCCGCUUGCGUUUGUUAUCUUUUCCUACUUUUUUAUCAUCGUGACCGUAAUGAGGAUGUCCAGCGGCGUCGGGCGCAGGAAGACGCUGUCCACGUGCACACCGCAGCUGCUCGUCACGUGUCUUUACUACAUGCCCAGGUGCUUCGUGUACGUGGCCAAUAACGUGGGCUUCACCUUCAGCGCGCCCAUUCGGAUCAUCAUGGUCAUGACGUACAGUCUCUUGCCCGCCGCCAUCAACCCGGUCAUCUACUGCUUCAAAACGCAGGAAAUUAAGGAGAAGCUGAAAAGGAAGUUCUACAGAAGGAAAACAGGAGCACAGUAA